GUGAGGUGGCGGCGGAGUUCAGGCGAGCAGCGGAGCGGAGCGGACUGAAGGGAGCAUUGUGCCGGAGCGCAGUGGUUCUUGCGUCCCUUGGGAAGGAGAAAUGAUGUAACUCAUUCACUAUCCAAACUUUAAGGUCAAAGGCAAGAAGGAAGGUCAGGAAUAUCAUGGCCUGGCCAAAUAUUUUUCAGAGAGGAACUCUGCUCUCUCAGUUCAGCCAUCAUCAUGUCAUUGUGUUCCUGCUCACUUUCUUCAGUUAUUCAUUGCUCCAUGCUUCAAGGAAAACAUUUAGCAAUGUCAAAGUCAGUGUCUCUAAGCAGUGGACCCCAACUGCUUUCAACAAAUCAACUGAACUGCCUGCAGAGAUUUGGAGCAGCAACCAUUUGUUCCCCAGUGCAGAGGAAGCCACUCUUUUCCUUGGAACACUGGAUACUAUUUUUCUCUUCUCCUAUGCUGUGGGCCUUUUCAUCAGUGGCAUCGUUGGGGAUCGGCUUAAUUUACGAUGGGUUCUGUCUUUUGGCAUGUGUUCUUCUGCAUUAGUGGUAUUUGUCUUUGGCACCCUCACAGAAUGGCUACAUUUCUACAACAAGUGGUUCUACUGCUGUCUGUGGAUUGUGAAUGGUCUGUUGCAGUCCACAGGUUGGCCCUGUGUAGUUGCUGUUAUGGGCAACUGGUUUGGGACAGCUGGACGAGGAGUUAUUUUUGGUCUUUGGAGUGCCUGUGCUUCAGUGGGUAAUAUUUUGGGAGCAUGUCUAGCUUCUUCUGUUCUGCAGUAUGGUUAUGAGUAUGCCUUUCUGGUGACAGCAUCUGUGCAGUUUGCUGGUGGGAUCAUCAUCUUCUUUGGACUCUUGGUAUCACCAGAAGAAAUUGGUCUCCCAGGUAUUGAGGUAAAAGAAACUUUUGAAGAAGACUCACACAGGCCUUUAAUUAAUGGUGCUGAAAAUGAAGAUGAAUAUGAGCCUAAUUAUUCAAUCCAAGAAAGCAGUACUGUUACUCAAGCCAAGGCAAUAAGCUUUAGUCAGGCUUGUUGCCUUCCUGGAGUUAUACCAUAUUCACUUGCCUAUGCCUGCUUGAAGUUAGUGAAUUACUCCUUCUUCUUCUGGUUGCCGUUUUAUCUGAGUAACAACUUUGGAUGGAAGGAGGCUGAAGCUGACAAGCUGUCCAUUUGGUACGAUGUAGGAGGAAUUAUAGGUGGAACUUUGCAAGGCUUCAUCUCUGACAUGUUACAAAAGAGAGCACCAGUUUUAGCUCUAAGUCUACUCCUGGCAGUUGGGUCGCUUGUUGGAUAUAGUCGUUCUCCAAACAACAAGUCCAUUAAUGCACUUUUAAUGGCUGUUACAGGAUUUUUUAUUGGUGGACCAUCUAACAUGAUUAGCUCAGCUAUUUCUGCGGACCUGGGUCGCCAAGAACUAGUCCAAGGGAGCAGUGAGGCUUUGGCCACAGUCACAGGAAUUGUUGAUGGAACUGGGAGCAUUGGAGCUGCUGUGGGCCAGUAUUUAGUGUCUUUGAUACAGGACAACCUAGGGUGGAUGUGGGUUUUCUAUUUUUUCAUUCUCAUGACAAGUUGUACAAUUGUAUUUAUCUCACCAUUAAUAGUGAGGGAAAUAUACUACCUUGUGCAGAGGAGACAAGCUUACACAUUGAAUGAGUGAUCGGUGCCUACAAAAGAAAAAGAACAAUGGGAGACAAUUCAGGACUAUAAUUUCUUUUUAAUAAACCCUAUUUUGGGGUUGUCUAAGCGCGCCAACAUAACCUUGGAUUGUCAAACCUGCUUCAACAGUGUCAGCCACCUGAGAUGCUGAUCUGCAGUGAAGACUGGGCUAUUUUUCUACAUUACAGGAAUUAUUGAUGAUGAUUUUGUUAUUUCAUGAAUGUACUGAAUGGCUCAUGAAUCUGCAGCCUCUUUGGCCAUGUUACUGUUUGUCCCUUUUUUUUCUUAAAAUCCUGUAUUGGCCUUGGACUCAUGUUGUGAAGCCUAUAAAGUUGAGGGAACAAGAGACAGAGAAUCAUGCAUGAUUUGUAUCAAUGAUGUACGUUGUGAACAAAAAGGAUUGUUGCAUUUUGCCUUGGUAAUGAGUUUUCAGAGGACGGGUCAUCUUUGAAGCGUCAAAUCCUGAUGAAGUGCUCAAGCUAGAUGAAGAAUAAGUCUGCCUUGGACAAAAAAAUCCCUUUGAUUAACUGUGUUUGGAAAAAAUUCUACUAUGUGCUUCUUGGCUCAGUCACUGUCUAUUUGAUCUGAAGUCAUCCAGCUCUAGAAGCAGAAAUAACUUCAAAUUAUUGUCAAUUUGUUCUGCUCCAUCUUCAUUCAAAAUUAACUUUGACUCCUGAAAGUAUUUAUAUUUAGUCUUCCUUUCAAGGACCAUAAGGCACAUCAGUUAUCUUGAACAUUCCAAUGUAUAACUCAAAACUGAAGUACUCAACCCCAGAUUUGCUGUCUGGGAAUUGCAGGAUCCACUGUAGGAGACUAUUCUGUUUAGCCCUAUUUUUAGAGGAUUGAUCUCAGUUGCAACUGAGUUCCUUGAGUUACCUCAGCAGAACACUAGAAUUAGAGAAAAGGAAAUUGUAGAGUUUAUGUCUUCAUGGCUGUGAAUUUAUUCAAAUUAUCGAUAUUUUAAGGUCAUUCUGUAUAUGUAUUUUAAAUUAUAUAAGCAAACCAGGGAGAAAUGUGCAAUUUUGAGGGAUACUUGAUUUGCGUUGGGUUAGGGAAUAUUUUUCAACCUCUUAUUUUAUACUCUGAAAGAAAUGUGGUGUGUUUAUGAACUUGUUAAUCUGAAUCAAUGUUAUUUAAUCAAAUUUCCAGCCCGUUUAUUGCUUAUUACGGGCAAAAAGGGAAAUUAUGAAACACAGGAAAGUGAAAUAUAAACUGACUUUAAUAAUAAAUAUAUGUCCAUUUGUUUAUUUAAAUAUGUACUCUGUACUCUGAGCUCUAAGUUUUAGAAUGUAGUUAAUGCCUUAAGAUUUCCUCACAUUGAAUGUUCCCUAGUGAUCAUUAACUAAUCCUACAGUUUUGGCCUGCCAACACAAUCUCUUCUCUUAGUAGAUACUGGGAUGGCCCCAUUUCUGUUAUGUUCUAUGAAAGCCUUCCUUUUCCCUUUGUAUAAGAUUGUACUACACAAAGUUUGGUUGAAUUGCCUGGUUUCUACUUAAGAAUUGUUUGUACAUGAACCCCAUUUUUAUUACUGAACCUCUUUCUGACAUUUAGUUCAGCAAGAGUUUUAUCCCCCUGCAUAAUCAGUAUAGUGCCAUCUUAGUGUCCCUAGACCAACCAUUGUUUCUUAUACAGUUUAAACUGGGUAAGUCGGUAGGUACUUUUCUGAACCUCUCAAUAGUUCCCAAUGUGUACUUGAAAUAAAAUUAUAAAUGAAAUUAUAAAUAAAAUAAAUCAUCACCACUGAAA